CAGUCACAAAUCAGCAGGUUUUCUUGUGUAACUACCACCUUCCACUCGGGGCGCAUCGAGCUAGUGAAUUAUACGCGCUGUCAGCCCUACGGCCCAGUGCAAAUAGCCUGAGCUUACGGAGUACAAAUCCUUCCCAUCCGCCUCGCCAAUCACGCCCUGCCACCCGGUGAGCGCAGACACGGAACGCUUGCAGGUGGAUGGUGGUCGUCGAACUAUCGUCACGCACGCCAUACUCAAGCAAGGAAGGCCUCGCUCGCUUUGAGGAACCCGGUCCACCCACAACCAACCUAUGUGAAUGGCUGAGCAAGAACAGGUCCCAGACUCGUGAAAUCUCCUGCGGCUCUCGUUCCACAUUGUGGCUCAUCGCGCCGUCUGCUGAGCCUCGGGGAACUUCAGCCCCUUGGCCCUUCUCACAUUGCUUAACUCCCUUUCACUUCACCCUGAUUGAUUGAUUGAUCCUGCUUGGUGCCAAGAUGCUGCUCUGCUUCAGUCAAACCUUCCGAUCCGGUUUUUUUCCUUGUUGAUUUAGGCAGAGGAGGCAAAAAACCCGUUCGAAUACCAUGAAGGGACAGAUCUUCAGUCGAGAUGCAUCGCGGAGGGGCGGGCUACCUGACUAUGCAAGCACGAGAUGACAGGACAGGCCUCAGCCCCCACCAAGCACUUUCCCCCGUGCUUUUAUACGGUGCCCAAAUACCCUUCUCUCCCGUCGCCCCAAAGGAGCCACGCUAGUUAUAUUGUUGGAACCUUCCCAGCCAUAUCCUGCCUUUCAAUGCUAUCAGUGUUUCACCUGGCAUCUUGCCUCAUUGAUGGUAUGAACAGUCAGGAUGGUGGGUGUUCCAGGCAAAUACAAAGGUUGCAAUACAUGCAGAAGCCGAAGAAUUAAGUGUGAUAAUGAACGCCCACACUGCCGAAAGUGUAUAGACUCUGGGCGAGAGUGCUUAGGAUAUCAGCGCGAGACAGUAUUUAUUGUUGGGACAGUCGAAGACAAGGGGCGAUGCAGCAGCCACCCGCCCCGAAAUAUUAAAAGUCCCAAGAAGUCGCAAUCUCCACCAAGUGAGGGUGGACGCAGAACAACACCCUUGGAACCGUUGCAGCCUCUAUCCCCAGCCUGGGUUGAUCAACUCCACGUGGAAGGUAACGGUGCAACCCGUCGCCUUGAGAUCGUUGCUCUACACACCCCAUUGGGAAGUGUGGCUCGAAGCAGCUUUGGGGACAGCGGCGAAACAACGGCGAUAUAUGUAGCACCGACAAGUACUCUCGAUGUACGACCGACUUUUGACAAUGUAGACUUCAAACUUCGCUCUCAAUGUCUGACGAGCAUCUCUCCAGCAAAAAAGGAGGCGGGCUCCACGGCAGCCGACAGCGUGCUCCUCUUCCUGUUCGAACACAACUUUCCCCUGCCACCUGUUAACUUUCAAGAUGCCACAGCCCAGAUGGAAGGCAUCAGACAGCUUGGACCUGUGGAGUUCCAAAGGUUCCCUUCACAUCACUUCUUCACCCGAGUUUUUCGACCCAGUGCCAUCACAACAGCCUUGCUGAGCAGAACGAGCACAUUCUGCGCCGAACACGAAUGGGCCACGCUGCCCUUUGAGCUACACCACAAGAGCUCUUUCGACAGCCUUCUCGAUAUCUUGGCGCGGACAACGCCCUUCCUGCAGCCGCUCGACCACAUCACAGCGCUGGACCCGACGUUGACCCGCAGGUCGAUGGCCCAGGAGCUGCUGGGAAACUGCCUCGGCGCGAGAACCCAGCUAGAGCAGUGGUAUGUCUCGGUGUUCGACCCCCGCCGGCGGCGAUACUGGAUCGCGCACGACCAAGGCGAACAGAUUCCCUUCCCCGAGCCCUUUGCCUUCCAGGAUCCGCUAGCGUCGCUCUCGUUCACCUACUACUGGGCGGCACAAGUCUUGCUCGCCCCGUGCCUCGAGAUAGCUGUCCACAGCGUCUUCUCGCCCGUCGUCGACGCCUAUCCCCACCAGGUCUUCCCCGACCUCCCGCCGCAGCUCGCCAUCGACCCGGACAGCUACGGUACCGGCAGGGUCAGGGAGAUGGCGGUCAACGUGUGCCGGGCAUUGGAUUUUGCCCUGGCGGUCACGACACAGCCAGACCUACUCGCCUUUCCUGUCAAGGUCGUCGAGACAUUCUACGCCGGGCUUGCCAACCAGACUGGCGACGGUACCCUUGAGCUUAUGUGGCUGGGUGCAUUCAGGGAACGAGUGUCACGGAGGGCACGGGACAUUGCUAGUGCCAUGAUGGAGAAGGACUGGGCUGACUUUGCCCAAUGGUAACCAGACGCGGCACAGAGGACUCCAUCUGUACGAAUGUCACGACACAUCACGAAAAAGAAGGCUUCUAUACCAUGGUAUGUUCGCUGAGAUAUUUGGAGGGCAAAGGCAUAAUGAACACUGCCCAUGUAUGUACACACAGAGGGCACAUCCACCCAUGCUAUACCUGGCAUUUCUCGAUGUUGCGAAUAGAAUUUCUUUCCCCACGCCACUCUUUCGACACAUGCUCUGUGGUGCCUUUGCGCCUGGUAGCUGAACCUACCACCUUUUCGGGAUGCACAAUAUCGGGCAGCUGCUUCCAGUUUCUGCACCGCAAUAUGGCCUCCCGACCGGUGGGGAUUGUAUCAUGGCCCUUCUCAUUGUUCUGGUACCGAGCCCCGAGCUGCAAGAGUGACACAUACAAUACGCACGGAGAACCAUCGGCUGCACGUCAAUCCUGCCACAAUCCCAGCACGGUAACCUCUCAACUCGAACCGUUGGCAUUGGUUGUUAUUCUGCUGCCUAAUCUCCGGUGGCAUACAGAUGCCCGGCCACGGUGAACAUUUC